AUGGACUGGGACAGUCUAUUUUUUAGCACGGCAGCGUUGAUUGCCGGGGUCUUUGUACUUGACUAUGGUGCAGACAAAUUCAUCGACCACACUGUGAUCGUAGGACAGCGACUAGGCAUCUCACCGACUCUUAUUGCCCUUUUGACUGCUGGAGCUGAAUAUGAAGAGCUCGCUGUUGUUAUCGCUGCAAUCCUGCAAGGCCGCACUCCUUUAGCCCUGGGCAAUGUUAUGGGAUCUGCAAUUUCCAACAUCCUCGGUGCCUUUUCGCUGGGGCUUGUUUGUUAUCCGGGCGGUGAUCCUUUUGAUAGUAGUGCGAAGAUUUACUCUGCACUCCAAUUCUUCGUCACUACCCUUGUCGUUAUCUUGGCAUAUUUCCAGCAACUAAAUAGAGUUACCGGCGGGCUUCUCAUCGCUCUCUUCGCACUCUAUAUCAUCUCUAUUGGCUAUGCCAUCUAUAGAGGUAUCAGUGAACCACCUCAACUAUCGGACAGUGAAAGCGAUGAUGAAUCUACCGAUGUUUGUGCUGAACAAACACCAGUACAAAGUGCCGGACCGCCAGCUUUAGAGACUUCUCCUCUAUUAGGAGAUACGAACCGGGAAACGGCGAGUGCAUCCGUAAAUAAGGGCAAAAAGCUUCCGCGACCACUUUAUCAUCAUGUACUCCAGCUUAUUUUUGGGCUGCUCACCCUCUCGUUGUCGGGAUACAUCCUUGCCCACAGCGCAGGUACCAUCGCGGAUUGUCUCCAUCUAUCAGGAACUGUCUUUGGAUUGACCGUGAUCGCUUUUGCCACGACCCUGCCAGAGAAGUUGAUUGCUAUGCUCAGCGGCUUUCGUGGACAAGGAGGCAUAAUCGUUGCUACCACAGCAGGGAGCAAUAUCUUCCUGCUAACGCUAUGUGUCGGUAUUGUUGCGGUGGCGGGAUCCCUCGAUCGGUCAGACACCUUUGUUCUGUUUGAUCUGGUCACAGUUUGGGUGUCUUCGGUGUCCCUUCUGGCGGUCGUCUUUCUGGGACCCCACCGAAUUGCUGGCUUAGUACUUCUCGCUGCCUACGUGAUUUUUCUAGUCAUGGAGUUCACCGUGUACAGGCGUUAA